AAAAUAGUCGAAGCCCUUCGUCAGAAUCCCGAUGUGAACUCCUUCAACCUGAGUGGAAACACACUUGGUAUUACAGCUGCGGAACCCAUUGGGAUAGCUUUAGAAAACAAUCCGAAGCUUCAGAGAUGUUUGUGGAGCGACCUGUUCACGGGUCGUCUGAAAUCAGAAAUCGCUCCUGCACUGAGACAUCUCAGUUCCGGUAUAAUUGCAUCCGGUGCCCGUUUGGUUGAACUGGAUCUGAGUGAUAACGCUUUUGGUCCGAAUGGUGUGGUUGGUGUGGUGGAUCUCAUUGCAAGCCCUGCGUGUUCUACGCUGCAGAUACUUCGUAUGAAUAAUCAAGGUUUAGGUCACGAAGGCUGUCGACACUUGACAGAAGCCCUGCAAAAAGGAAGGAAGUCUAGCGGGGGACGUGGUCUGUUGUUGAAAGUGUUUUGUGCAGGCAGAAAUCGUCUGGAAAACUAUGGUGCACAGCUUCUCUCUGACGUAUUCUGUGAUAUGGGGUCAUUGGAAGAGGUGGCACUCUAUCAAAAUGGGAUCGGUAUACAUGGUAUCGAAGGAGUAGACGCACUCGUGAGAAUGAUGAAGCACAAUCCUAACUUACGUGUUUUGAACUUGUCAGAUAACAGUCUAACGCAAAAGGGUGGCAAAGCCAUCGCCAAAGCUUUGUCUUCCUUGGAAAACCUUGAGGAGCUCCAUCUAAGUGACUGUAUUCUCCGCCCCUCCGGUGUAACUGCCAUUGCAAGAGCUUUGGAAGACCCGGAUACACUUCCCAAUAUUCGCGUUCUCAAUCUAACAGGCAACGAAAUUACGCGCAGCACAGGAAUCAGUCUGAUAUUGUCUUUGGGGAGUAAGUCCAGACUGGAAUUUUUGGAUCUCAACGCGAACGAGUUCGGAAAGUCUGGAAUCCGAGCCAUUAUUCGUACCCUGGCUUCAGUGGGUCUGUUGCACGUUCUGCCUGUCAACCAAGCAGAUACUAGCAGUGAGCCAGUAGGUGAUGUAGAUGGGGAGCAAGGUACCAGUCGGUUCGCCUCGGCGUUUGACGAGGAUCAAGGUUCGGGCGAUGAAGAAGAAGAGGAUGCAGAGCCGGAGGAUGAAGAGGACCAGGAGCAUGAUGAGGACGCUUAUGGUGACGGGGAUGCAGAUGACUACGACGAGUACGAGGAUGAAGAAGAAGAACCAAGUUACGAAGAUGCGGAUGCUGACGACAAGGAAGCUUCGUUUAUCACGGUGGAGGAGCGCCCGAUCGUAAAGCCGAAUUUCAGCUUUCGGGCUUUGGAAGCAGCAAUAGGAGAUGCGUGUUCCCCGACAAUGAAAGGUGAGGUGACUCCGUCUGCCAAACCGGGACCGUUCGGUCGCGGCUUGUUCUCUGCCCUAGGACCGUCUCCGGUGGACAGCACAGAUGCUGCUUCCAUGCGAUCCAAACUUUGGCCCACCAGUUCCUCAGGAACUGCAUCCGGUCUGUUCUCGAUGCCAACCACCGGGAUGGUGUUCGGAAAGGGACAGCAUCUCUUUUCUCCUCCAGUUCCAUCCGUACAGCAGGCUUCAUCCAACAAACCAGAGCAACAGGCCACCAAUGGUGAUGUUUUGACUCCCUGUAUUCUGAACACCCAAUCUCCAGUCGUUGUUCCUUUGGAUAAACUUCGAUCAACUACAAAGACCAUAGAGCCGGAGGAAGUAGUGCGUUUAAGCUUACACUUGUGUCGUCUCAACGUCGACACAACUUCCACAUCAACACCGAACGGUGCUCAGCGACUUGCAGUUGAUCUUUUGGCUUCGGUGCUUACACCAGACGUGGAAAAUUCAGAUGCAGCGAAGCAACAGACGAUGGGAUCCAAUAUGCCUCACACUAGUCGUUCUAGUCGGGCUGCUAACUGUUUGCUUGUGCACCUUGGUGCGAUCAAGGCUGAGAAACACAGUGAGGACUAUGAACAAGUGCGUCAACUGGAUGCAAACGCUUGGGAACACCGUCGUGUGGCGUAUUUGUCUGCCUUGCGACGGCUAGUUGAACACUACGGGGAUCAACUAAGUACCAGCGCAUCCGCUUGUAACUCUAUUCGCUUUCUGCUUGCACAACAGAGUGAGGAGCGUCGAACUACCGCCAAGAACCCGAACAAGUCGGAUUUACUUUCCGAUGAUCUGGUAGCACUGUUGGAGAAAGAACUGUCCCGUAUACAGAUCGCAUAA